AAGAUCAAUAUAAAAAACAAAGCAAAAAGGAAAGGCUCACUCAAAGGGGCCAAAGUAAAACCUCUCUCACUUUAGCUCGUGUGUGUCUCACGGGACUCACAACAAAAACAAAGGGCUAGCUGUUAGCUCCUUCAUCACAAGACUCACAAGAAAAGCACCGGGUUUUGAUCCAAAAAGAAAGAAAAAGAAGGGAGCCAAAGAAUUAAUGGAGACAAGUACAGCAACAACAGGAACCCCCCCAAAGAAGAAAAGUGAGCAGGUGCUAGACGGUUCGGAUAUAAUGGAGUUGGUUGAGAACGAGGAGGUGUUUAGCAGUUUCGUGGAUCAUAAGUUCAAGGAGCUUGAUAAGGACAGCGAUGGUCAGCUCUCUGUGAAGGAGCUUCAGCCUGCUGUUGCUGAUAUAGGUGCUGCUCUUGGCUUGCCUGCUCAGGGUUCUUCCCCUGAUUCUGACCAUUUCUACUCUGAGGUUUUGAAUGAAUUCACCCAUGGAAAUCAAGAAAAAGUGAACAAGACUGAGUUUAAAGAGGUUCUUUCAGAUAUUCUACUAGGUAUGGCGGCGGGUUUGAAGCGCGACCCUAUUGUGAUCCUCCGUAUUGAUGGAGAAGACCUCUUAGAGUUCAUUAAUGGUCCAAGUUACGAAGCAGAGAUGGUGUCUGUAUUUUCACAGUUAGGGUCAGAUGAUACAUCGCUGCGUGAUUGCCUUGUCAAGGCUUUGGAGAAACUUACGGUUGAUCAAGGAAUGCCCCCUUCUUCAGAUUCUUGGGUUAUGAGUAACAUAGUGGAACCAGCUUUGCAAUCAUGGGACAGCAAUGAACAAGAGAAACCUGUCUCUCAAGAAACAUUCUUGGAAGAAUUUAAGAAAGUUGCAGAGCGCGUGGCUCAAAAUCUCAAGGAGCAGCCAGUAAUUGUUGCCCAUAGUGAAAACAUCUUUGAUGGAAGUAGCAUUAAAAGACUACUGUCCAACAAGUUUGAACUAGACAAGUCACUGAAUACAGCUUUAGAAAAUGUGCCAAAAGAUCGAAAUGGGAAAGUAUCGAAGGAGUAUUUACGCGUGGUGCUAGAUAUAGUGGCACCAUCAGCUGGUUUACCUCCAAUUGGUGCAGUUGAACAGAUCAACAAGGUAGUCGCUGAUGUUUUCAGCAUGAUAAACGCGGAUGACGGGAAGAUGGUAAAAGAAGAUGAGUUCAAGAAACUAUUGGCAGAGAUCCUGGGGAGCAUCAUGCUGCAGUUAGAGGGCAAUCCCAUCUCAGUUUCUUCAAAUUCUGUUGUUCAUGAGCCCCUCGCAUCAUCCUCAACCGUUUUGCAGCCAUCAUCCUAGUUGCCUAUAUAUCACAGAUAUGUCAUGUAUAUCAGGGGAAACAAAAUAAAAAUGGACAAUAAAUUUUUGGUUUAAUUAAGUAAAUUACCACUACCUUAAGUUGUUUGCUGUGCAGUUCAUUCGGUUGAGCUAAUGAUAUAUCUUUUUUUUUUG